CUAACUCCAGCCCCCUGUCACAGGCAGGGAUGCCACACGCCAGAGCGGGUUGGCCAAGGCCCUGUCCAGCCUGGUCUUGAAAGCAGUGAGCUUGGGGAGUCGCGAUAACAACGACAGCAGUCGGGCAGAAAAACAUUUCCUAGUAGUGACAGAGCUGUCAGAAAUACUAAAAGGCAGUUGCGAGGGAAACUUACGUAGCGGUAGUGAAAAAGAAAGUAUCAAGAUGAGUAAAAAGCCUCCAAAUCGUCCUGGAAUCACAUUUGAGAUUGGUGCUCGUUUGGAGGCACUGGAUUAUUUACAAAAAUGGUAUCCAUCUCGUAUAGAGAAGAUAGAUUAUGAGGAGGGGAAGAUGUUAGUCCAUUUUGAACGUUGGAGUCAUCGCUACGAUGAGUGGAUUUACUGGGACAGCAACAGGUUGCGACCCUUGGAGCGACCGGCAUUAAGGAAAGAAGGGCUGAAAGAUGAUGAAGAAUUUGUUGAUUUUAAACCUGGAGAAGAAGUCCUAGCUCGUUGGACAGACUGUCGAUAUUACCCAGCAAAGAUUGAAGCAAUUAAUAAAGAGGGAACGUUCACAGUACAGUUCUAUGAUGGUGUUAUUCGAUGUCUUAAGAGGAUGCAUAUCAAAUCUAUGCCAGAGGAUGCAAAAGGGCAGGCGCGCGAGAGGGAGCAGAUAGCGCCGGAGCUGAGAUUAGUGACGGAAAUCGAACCAAAAGAAGAUUGGAUAGCUUUGGUCAAAGCUGCUGCUGCAGCAGCAGCCAAGAACAAAGCAGGAAGUAAACCUAGAACCAGCGCAAACAGCAAUAAGGAUAAAGAGGAUCGAAAAUGGCUAAAAGUUCCUUCAAAAAAGGAAGAAACCUCAACCUCUACAAUCAUGCAGGAAGUCCAAAAAAAGGAAGAGGAGCCUACAUCUAGUGACACAUUUGGAUUUCCUGUAGUGGAUGUUCCAAAGAUGGCCUUUGUACAGGCAGAGAGCACGUUAUCACACAAGAGGAAAAGUAAUCUAGGAAACUCAUUUCAGGCAAAGAGAGCUCGUCUUAACAAGAUCACUGGUUUAUUGGCAUCCAAAGCCGUUGUUGCAGAUGGUGCUGAAAAAAAGGAAGGCAACAAAGAAACAGCUCCAGUCCUGGAGCAGGAGAUUUCACCUAAACCACAAAGUCAGAAAAAAAAUGAAGCUGAUAUUAGCAGUUCUGCCAACAUUCAGAAACCUGCACUGUUAUCCUCAACUUUGUCUUCAGGAAAGGCUCGCAGCAAGAAAUGCAAACAAGAAUCUGGAGAUUCUUCUGGGUGUAUAAAGCCCCCUAAAUCACCACUUUCCCCAGAAUUAAUACAAGUCGAGGAUUUGACGCUGGUCUCUCAGCUUCCUUCUUCUGUGAUAAAUAAAACUAGUCCAUCACAACCACUGAAUUCCCCUAGAUCCUACAAACAUAGUCAACGGAGAAGAAGAUCACAACGUUUAGCCACUUGCUCGUUGCCUGAUGAUUCUGUAGAAAAAGUUUCUUCUCCCUCUUCAGUUACUGAUGGAAAAGUGUUCUCCAUCAGUGCUCAAAACCAACAGUCAUCAAAAUUGGAGGUACCCGAUGUUGCUCAUAUGUCACUUGAGAAGCGUGGACCCUGUCUCCCUCUUGAUUUAAGCCGUAGUUCGGAAGUUUCAGCACCAUUAUCCACAGAAUCCACUUUCCGUAAUGAAUACCCCAGUAAAGACAAGGAAGAUAUUCAGAUGAUUACAUAUCUUUCUUCCAAAGCAGUAACUGAUGGAAGAGUAGCUACAACAGCGUCAGGUGCGAUGAGAAUAGAAAGAAAAGGAAAACUGGAAGAGAAGAGUUCCACAACAUAUGGUAAAAAGAAAGAAAAGGAAAAGGAGAAAAAAGAGAAAAAGGAGAAAGAUCAUAAAUCAAAACAGAAAAAGAAGAAGAAAAAAAAGAAGAAAUCUAAACAGCAUGAUUAUUCGGAUUAUGAAGAUAGUUCUGUUGAGUACUUGGACAGGUGCUCUUCUCCAUUAACGCGGUCCUCAGGAAGCUCUCUGACUUUGCGCAGCAUGUUCUCAGAGAAGAAUACAUCGUACCAGUAUCCAAGAGCUAUCUUGUCUGUUGACCUUAGUGGAGAAAAUCUUUCAGAUGUUGAGUUCCUGGAUGAUUCCUCUACAGAGAGUUUGUUACUUAGUGGUGAUGAAUACAAUCAGGAUUUUGAUUCAACUAACUUUGAAGAGUCUCAGGAUGAAGAUGAUGCUCUCAAUGAAAUUGUUAGAUGCAUUUGUGAACUGGAUGAAGAAAAUGGCUUUAUGAUUCAGUGUGAAGAGUGCUUGUGUUGGCAGCACAGUGUAUGCAUGGGAUUGUUAGAGGACAGCAUUCCAGAGCAGUACAUCUGUUAUAUCUGCAGAGACCCACCAGGUCAGAGGUGGAGUGCCAAAUAUCUUUAUGAUAAAGACUGGCUAAACAACGGACACAUGUGUGGAUUAUCAUUUUUGAAAGAAAACUACUCUCAUCUUAAUGCCAAAAAGAUUGUGUCAACUCAUCACCUACUGGCUGAUGUAUAUGGUGUAACAGAAAUACUGCAUGGACUACAGCUGAAGAUUGGGAUAUUGAAAAAUAAACAUCACCCAGACCUUCAUCUCUGGGCUUAUUCAGGGUUGCGGAAAGAACAGGAACAAAUAACUCUUGGGGUAGAGAAAAAGAUAGUGACUUUGCCAGAUGCUGUUAAUCUGACUGAAAGGACGUGUCACAGUCAAAACCAUAAAGAGACACCUAGUUUACCCCAGAAGAUGGAGGAAACAUACAUCACAAGUGAGCACAGUUACCAAAAACCACAGAGUUUUGGUCAAGACUGCAAAGCAGUCACUGACCCUAUGAGCUCAGAUGAUGAAGAUACGAGUAGCUUUGAUGAAGACCAGGAAUUUUGUUCAGAGAAUAAAAACUGUUUACAGUAUUCUUUUAAAGAUGAUGGCAUGAAUGAGCAGAAGAAUUCUGCUGAAGGAAACACUGUGUUUCUUUGUAAUGAAAGAAAAGGCUCAGAGGAACAAGUGGACACGCAUCUUCAAUGGCAGCUAAAUCUCCUUACCCAUAUAGAGAAUGUACAGAACGAAGUCACCAGCAGAAUGGACCUGAUUGAAAAGGAAGUUGAUGUUUUAGAAAGCUGGUUGGAUUUCACUGGAGAACUGGAGCCACCAGAUCCUCUGGCAAGAUUGCCUCAGCUCAAGAGGCGUAUCAAACAGCUCUUAAUUGACAUGGGGAAAGUACAGCAAAUAGCAACGCUUUGCUCUGUAUGACAAAAGGAAGAAUAAAGGAAUGAAAAUAGGUUCUCUACGGUGAAUUUUCUUACUAGCCACAAGACUGACAGGAAGACAGCAAAAAGCUGAGCAUUUAUAUAGUUCUUUGCUGAUUACAUUAAUAGCCUGAAGCUUUAGAGAAAGGAGAGGAAAUCUAGAGUAAGAAAUCUGUUGUACUGAAAAUCUGAAUAUUCAAUGUCCAAACCUCAAAAUGUAAUGUAUUACACACUGAAAAAUUUGAUUUGAUCUUAACAUGAUAAACAAGGAAACUUCUGUGUACAAGAAAGCUGAACAAACACUCUGCGAAGAACAAUGCUACUAUUUUGAAACCUUUGGCAGAAAAUUCUAAAUUCAGUAUUCCACUGACUAAAAGUUAUUGAGAACUGUAUUUUCAAUUAAUUCCUCUUAUCUUGCUAGUGAAAGAUAGACACAGAGAGAUCUGUAUCCUCUCUACAAGAAAAUUUAUAGAUUAUUUCCUUCUCUCAUGAAUGUUCAGGAAAAUGAGCAUACUAGCUUUGAUUUUGAAAGAAACUACUUGUCAUGGCCUCCUUUUUAAAGUAUUUUUUUAAAUAGAAAUCCUUAUUACAGCACCCUUAGGCUCCUUUAAAACAUAAGUGGCAAAUAGUGGUCAGAUGUGCCAAAUAAUAUUUACAACCACUGGGAUGAGAUUUUUAUUAUGGCUUACAUGAAGGUUUUUUUCCAAAGUCCUACUUGGUGCCAGCAAUCCACCCCAAAUUGUAUGUAGGUGGGUUUUUGUUUUUAUUUUUAUUUUUUUUUAAAAUGUUAUAUGGCAGUAUUCAGAGUUCAAAGUACCCUUUUGGUCCUGGAUAGCUCUAUUCUGGUUUGUGCCCUCUAAAACUUUACCAUCCUCAGCUGGGAUGAGGAAUGACAAGAGAAGCAAAACUGUCUGUGGCUGUGAAUAUACUAAACCACUAGGAUAAAUAUUGCAAGAUACAUUACACAUUUUUUUAUAAAAAUGUCCAGCUUCAGUGAAUGAAACAUCAUGAAACCAAAGGCAACGUAGUUGCUCUGUUAGCUCUUGCUGGUUUUUGAGCCCAGGACUUUCCCUGUGCUGUUAAGUUGCCGCUGUACCCAGUGCUACAUACAUACUUGUAUGUGUAUGUAUAUGUGUAUAGAUACACAUGUACAUAUAUACAUACUAUAUACAUUUAUAUCUACAUGUCUAGUUUUAUUACAAUAGACUAUAAGAACUGGUGGUUAACAUGAAAUGUUACCUUUUAACAAGCAGUUUCUAAAAUUGAAAAUAAUGUAUGUACAGGUUUUGAAAUUUGUAAAAUAUGACUGUUAAAAGGAGGCUAUUUAACUGAUGACAUUAAGAUACUUGAACAUUUUAUGCCUCGCAUCUGUUUAUCAGUUCUAGUUAUCUGUAUAAAUGCAUUUUAGAACCGAUAGACGGUAAACUUGAAUUUACCUUUUGAUAAGAGUACAAGCCACUGUACAUUCAAAAAUUAUUUAAAUUUGCAAACACACUGUUCUAUAUGUAAGGUACUGUAUGUAAAACUGUUUAUUAAAACUAUUCUGCAUACUCUACAUUUUCCAUUUUUCUUCCUGAUCUACAUAUAAGUGUAAAAUGUGAUUACAAUAAUGUACAGACCAUCAAAAAUCAAAAAUUCCUGGACUGCCUUUUGAUUCUUUAAAUUGAAAAAAUGUGCCAAAGAUGGAUUAUCUGGGAAAGACUUUGCAACCUGUGCAUUGAACUUUCAUGAUAAAACCAUAAUUGAGAAAGUAGCGUGGCUGGUUCAUUGCUAAAACAUACCUACCCUGACAUCUCCUGUCUGUCUGUCAUGUCUGAAGUAAGUUAUCACUCUUGAUGUCGAAAACAAAAUGUAAGCCUGUGUUACAGAGUGGUUGCUAUUUAAGAAGUCUUACCAUGUCAAGCUUAUAGGAGAUAUUACAGAUCUGUAUGAUAAUAUGGAAGUCAAUUAUAGCACCGUGAUCGGCAACUUCCUAAUACAGGAAGAAUACAGCAGCUGAGGGGUUGUUGACAUUUUUAUAGCAACUGUUAAUAAAUAAAGUACUCUGUGUUAUAUAGUUGGAUGCUUAAAUUACCGCUUAAACCAAUAUGAACAGCUGAGUGACCUACUUGCUUUUUGAUAUGUGAGACUCAUAUUAUUCACUUGCUGCAUAUCCCUGAAUGUGGUACUGUGUGUACUGUAUAACAGAAGUGUAAAUCCUGGUGAAUUACUUUGAAACAAAGUGGAGUGUAUUUACCUAAUUUAUACAGCAUACACUGUAGCGAUAUUAUGCAAUGUGUGUGCAUGUGUGUGAUGUAAUAUAACUGUAAAUGUUACUGAAGGUGGAGGUGUUCGGAGAGAUUCCAGGUGGGAGAAAGGGAAGUGCAGGGAUGGAGGAAUUUCCUGAAAAGGACGUCAUGAGGACAGACUUGGAGUUGUCCUUGCAGCUCUUUGCAGCAGUCUCUAAAUUUACAUGAGUACAUAACCUUAUCCCUCAGGAUCUUACCUUAUUCAGCAUGGACUGUGCUAACAAAAACAAAUAAUCUGUUUAAUAUUUAUUUUUUACCUUCAUUUCUUGUGUAGUCAAUCAUUAUAAAUAGAGGAAAAAAAUCUUGCAAGCAAUCAUAUCUUGUAAAAAAAAAUAUAAUCCUAGUUUUCUUAAGGAGAGUGUUAUGAUACAUUCAUUUUGCGUUGCCCGAAUGCUUCACAAACUUGUCUUGGUUUACUUUCUCAAAUUGUGACGUUAGUCUGUGACACAUGUAUGUUAGUUUUGGCCCCGGUUUCAAAAGCAUCCCAUACAUCUGAGUACUUGAGAAAGUUUUUUUUUUGAACACUUACAAGUCAAGUGCCAUAAAAGGCAAAGUGUUUUGCACAGAGUAUAACCUACAGUUGAAUGCUUUGCUCAUGUGCCAGUCAAACCUGAUGUGUUCUGGUUCAUACUAUUAAGUCUAGCUGACAUCAAGGGAAUCUUUUUUGUUGUUCUGUAGGCAUCAUUUUCCAUCUGUCUUCCUGCUUCCUCAAUAAAUAAUCCAGGGAUCUAUACACAGUCUCUUAGCAACAUCACUUACCUGGCUAUGAAUUGCACUUUCUUGUGCUGUAUGACAAAGGAGGCUGUCUUCAAGGAGGGAAUAAUAGUAUGUGGUGCUGUAAUAACUGUUUUUGAUGCUUGUGCUCAGGAAGGUAAAAUACAUAUAUUAUUAUUUUUUUUUAAGUUUGCAGCCACCUUUUAACUUUUAAGUAAUAAACAAAAGGGAAGUGACAUUAUACUUGUGAUUCCACAAGGCUAAAUGACAAACUUGUGGAGCCUUUAAAUGCCUAGCUUUUUGUCUGGAUUUCAUCCACACUGUUUUUUCUUAUGGAGAGUAUCAGGAAUGAGUUGCUUCAAACCUUUCUUCCAGUGCCCGUAACAUAGCCAUCCACAUCAGAAACUGUGUUUUCAGUUGCAGUGGUGGCAGCAGGACAUCCUUAUUACAGUCAUAAGGGAAACGGUGGCGUUAUCAGAUAACGUGUAUGAGGGGCCACCUACGUUUCAGUUCUAAAAUGAGAGUUGCAUGAAAUUGUACGGCAGGGAAUGGGUUGGCAGAUACUUCCUACUAACUGUUUUUGGGUGGCUGUAGGGAGGUAAUGCCCAUAUUUUGGAUAUUCUGGCCUUAGAUGCGUAGACCUUUGUUCAAGUAUAGAGUAAUUUGCAGCCACAGAAGUCCAUAACCCUAUUUAGAAGAUGAGUUUCGGUUUUCUGAUGGGUUUUCUUUGCUGGCUUGCAGAGAAUUGGAGCUGUUCUUCCAGGGGUGCAGUCCUCUUGUAGAGCUGACAUCCUCCUGUCUCUUCAUGUGAUAUCUAAGUUUCUACAUGUGCUCCUUGUCUGUUUUCCACCUUGCAUCUGUUUCUCAUUUUGUUCUUCAGUUUUCUGCACUCUGUCCUGUUUCAUGAUGCCAGGAGGGUUUCAAUCCUGCCCAUUAUUUUUUUUUCUGGUUGUUGGGGGAAGGGAUUAUAGGGAAAGGGCUCCUCUGCUCUUCUCUUAUGUCUUAAGUGUCCUACAAGCCGUGUACAGUCAGAUUUUGUGUACCACAACAAAAUCUUUAGAUGGUUUUGCUGCCUUCCUCUAGUACACAUCUGAUAUCGUGCAAAUGUUGAUCUCUUCCUGCUCCCAUCUGGCUUCUAGUUUAGCUGGGCUCAAAAUAAUUCUGCAAAAACAAAACAGCCAAACAAAAAACCUACACAUUAGCUCUGUUGGGCUCCAGCUACUUACCAAGAAGGAGGUUUUCAUGUACAGGAGUCACUUAGACUUUGCUGUGAAUUUAUAGAGGUAUUUUAAUGCUUGCAAAACAGAAUGUUUUUCCUCUGUAUUUGAAGGAAAACUGCAAAUAUUUUUCACUGAGACUUUAAAAGACAGAAAACAGAUCCUGCGCUGAGAUAACCAGAGUGUGAUGUUAAAAUCAGCCACAAAAUCAGAGACGAGAAGCACUGCAAGCAGGAGCUUUGUAACAAGAAGUGGGCAGCUCAUCCAUCUUGAGAUCCUCGCCUUAUUACCAGCUCUCUGGAGGUGCUGAUGUGUGAAGGGGGUCUUGCAAUUAUGCCACUCAUUGUGAAUGGGAAUCACCUUUGCCGUGUCAAUUUAAAAGACUGGAACCUUGUGUGUUCUCUCUACUGCUUACAAAUGUUGCAGUCUGUCGGCCUUAAUUUCACAGUGCUUAUUAAAACCAGAGGCUCUAAUCCAUUGCUCUCUUUGCAUUUGAUUAGCUGCUACUAAUUUUCCAUUAUACUGAGACUAUGUGGCUAUAGGUGAUCACUUUACAAAGUUUUUGAAAUACUUCAGUAAUGAUUUUUAUUAUACUGUUACGUCCUCGGCAUCAGUUAUAGGGAUCUGUCUUUAGCAAUAACUAUUAUACACUGUGUGUAUGUCUGUUUAUAUAUGGAAAAUAAAUACGGAGCAUGUAACAACUGUGAAAAUGCACUGCGCAAAGAGUAGAGUGAGCACUCGGCGGCCACUCUGCACCAGCCUGAACAACCCAAAUGAAAAAUUGGAGAGCGUGUGGAGAAAACGAACGAGCAUGAAAAAUUAUUUGGGAGUGGAUUUCCCUUUAUGCGCACACUGGGCUGUGUAAGCUGUAGACGAGCCAGCCGUGAAUACCUGAAGCCAGUUCAACUGCUGAUUGCUCAAACAGCAGCUUCCUCUUCUGUAAGACUGGUGAGAGCCGCCGUGUUCAGCUGUAGCCCUGUGCGUCAGUGUAUUGUCACUAACCACGCCGAGAGAGGCAGCAGUGCACUAGGAUGACAUCUACGAGAGACGCAAAGUACUUUCUUUUGUGAUUUUUUUUUUUAUAAUAGCAAUAAUGUUGACUGCAUUCUAAUACAAUAAAGGUCUGUUGAGAUGA